AUGAAUUUCGGCCACAAAAAUGGGGUUGGGAGACUCAGGAGAGCUGCCCGUCCUGCCCGCCGCCAUCCCAGCCGCCUUCCUGACGGAGGGCCCUCCGCCAUGGUCGACCACGUGGCGCGCGUUGAUUGGUCGCUCCUCGAUCACCUCCCUGGUGACAGAGGAGGCUCCCAACAGGUCGCAAUCGAGGAUUUGCGGAAUAUACUGAGUGAAGUAAACACCCACAUUCUCCCUUUCCUCAAUGACCAGUCUCCUAUAAGAACAAUAGCUGGGGGCAGUGUCGCCAAUACUAUCAGGGGUCUAACCGCAGGUUUUGAAGUCUCCAGUGGAAUAAUUGCUGCUUGUGGAGAUGAUGAAGAAGGCCGUCUCUUCAUUCGUAACAUGAGCUUUACUGGUGUUGAUAUUUCGAGAUUAAGAGUGAAGAAGGGUCACACGAGCCAGUGUGCAUGCUUGGUUGAUGCUGAUGGCAAUCGCACCAUGAGACCUUGCCUGGCUACUGCAGCGAAGCUUCAAGCUAAUGAAUUGAGCAGAGAAGAUUUUAAAGGUUCAAAGUGGUUAGUUUUGAGGUAUUCAUUUUUCAAUAUGGAACAAAUUAACACGGCUAUUAGGAUUGCGAAGCAAGAGGGUCUCUCUAUCUCUUUGGAUCUAGCCAGUUUUGAGAUGGUUCGUGACUUUAGAUUACAACUCAUAGAUCUAUUGGAAACAGGUAGUAUUGACCUUUGUUUUGCUAACGAGGAUGAAGCAAGAGAGCUUAUAAGGGGUGACGUGAGGACAGACCCAGAAGCUGCAUUAGGUUUUCUCUCCAAACACUGCAAAUGGUCUGUUGUUACGCUAGGUUCAAAAGGCUGCAUAGCGAAGCAUGGGAAAGAGAUUAUCAGGGUUCCUGCAACAGGGGAAGUCCAUGCGGUGGAUGCUACGGGCGCUGGUGAUCUCUUUGCAAGCGGGUUUCUUUACGGAUUAGUGAAGGGGCUCCCCUUAGAGGACUGCUGCAAUGUUGGAGCUUGCAGCGGAGGAUCAGUCAUCAGAGCUCUUGGUGGCGAGGUGUUACCGGAGAAUUGGCAGUGGAUGUACAAGCAGUUAAAGUCCAAAGGGCUCUCUUUUCCGUACUUAUCCUAAGAAAUAUAGUUAUAGUUUUGAUUCUUCGGUAUCUAUGUCUAAUACUGAAACCACUUUCCUUUAUUUAUUUUUAUUUUUUGGUAGAGGGUAAUGUUGAAACUCGAAGGACGUUUGAGGUUGAUGCUUAUUAGAUCAAUGUAGAGCUAAGGGCUCCUUUGAUGUCAUAAUUUUGGAGCUUUCUCAAUGCGUUUGUUUUUGGAUCUAGAAAUGCUUUCUUUGGUGUCUAUGAAUAUGUUUAUUUUUUUUA